AUGAACUCCAUGGAAAACAACUCUAUAUCUGAUCCCCGGCUUUCAUUCUCGACACUCACCGAUGUGAUCACCUAUUAUGUCAAGGAAAACCCAAAUCACCCAGUUCACACCUGGCUCAAUGGAGAUGGCAAGGAAGUCAACCAAGUCACGUACAAGCAACUUGAUGAAGCCUCCACAGCUGUUGCUGUCAUGCUCCUAAAGAAGGGAUGCAAGAAAGCCAAGUUCAAGCGUUUUGCCGAAGAUGCCGGAGCCAAGUAUGCCCUAACAACGGGCAAGUUUGCCAUCAUCAUGAGGGCUGCAAGUUUUGUGGCCAAAAGUGGCGUUAAGUGGUUAGCCACUGACAAUCUUGACACGCCUUCUAUGAAGGAACGUAAGAAGCUGGAAGGCCACAACAACAAACACCCUGUCGAUACGGAACACGUUGCUUUUGUGCAGUACACUAGUGGAUCGACUGGAUUCCCGAAGGGUGUGGCUCUAUCCCACAGAGCUGUGCUGGAGAAUUGCCGUCGCGUCACCGAGACAUGCAAGGCGGACCUCUCCAAGGUGGCUGUUAUCUGGCUGCCUCAGUAUCAUGACAUGGGACUGGUGGGAGGCUACCUGACAUGCUUUUACUCAGGUUGUGCCUUGAAGGCGACGAGUCCCCUGAACUUCCUUUCAAGGCCCUUGUUGUGGAAUGAAAUGAUAACGAAGUACAAGGCAAAUGUUGCAGCCAGCCCAAACUUUGGGUGUGCCCUCCUCAUGAGGCGGCUUCAGCAGGCCAAAGGAGUGACUGCAGACUGGAGUUGUGUUGACCGGAUCAUUCUAGGUGCCGAGCCCCUCACAAAGGAGGUUGUCACUGGACUGCAGAAAGAUCUGAACAUGCGGCCAGAAGCGAUCAGCAAUGUAUUUGGCCUAGCGGAGUGUGGAGUCUGGAUUACCGGAUCCGUUGCCAAUUUGAACACAAUGGUUGAUGAAACUCACAUCAACUGUGGACCUGCCAAGUUCCCCAUGGAAAGCAGGUCGCCAAAUGUCCAGACAAAAG